AUUACACACCCACACAUUAUGCCCACAUGCACAAACGUUCUUUGAACACAUACACAUGGCUCCAUGAAGUAUAUUUAAAAAAAAUGUUGGUUUCUGUACAAGGGGAUAAAGGAUCAACCACUUCAGCUUACAGCGGCCAUGAGGAUUUCAGUCACUUUUGCAGGACAUGAUGACUUGGAUGCUUUGUUGGAAGUCUGUCGGUUCAAGAAGAACUGACCGCUGAACAACAGAACUCCAAGACACGGGGAUGUCAUAUCAGGUCUUCCAAUCCUAGAAAGGGAGCGGCACCGCUUGUGAAAUCCUAUCUAUGCUUGCAAGCUGUAUUCACAUGCUGCCAAGAACCUCCCAUCAGCUCUCUUGCCUCUGCGUUAUGGUGGUGAGAUGCCAAUCUGCUACGGCCUGCUGUGUACCCUUGGACAGGGGAUCUGAUCUGAAAUGCAGCCUUUCACCCAUAAACAAGAAGCAGACCACAUUUCUUUUCCAUAAAGUUACAACUAAGAGAGGCUAAAUAAUGAGUACUCUGAUCAGAGGUUUCACCCUCCCCCUUGGUCUCACCCCACCUACAAUGCAAACACAACAAAAAUCCACUCAGAUGUGGGUUCUUUGGGACAAAACCCCUUAUCAAACGGGAGGCUGGGCAGUACCUGCUCAAUACACACAAGGCUUGAUUGGUGUUGCCUGAUGGAUUACAGCAUCCUGGCUCCUCCCUCGAUUAUUCGGACUGGUUACGUGCGGUUGCUGCGCAGCGCUGCACAGACGCGUCUGGUCCGAGGGAAGCUGCUGCACGGCUGCACCGCCGUGUGUUGUUGCCGAAGUACUCCUCACUUUCAAACACGGGAACCUCUGGAUAAAGAAAACAGCGGGGUUGCUGUACACUUUUGUUCAAGCGGACCAAGCCCUGUGAGGAAGUUACGGGAUAAAAGCGAGCCCUUUGACGCAGCUUGCCUUUGUAAGUUUGUACACGGAGUUCCAGUAGUUUUUGGUGGGCUGACUGGCUAGCCUGCCCGCUGUACUUCCCCCUCUGGCCAGCCAGCUAGCCCCUCUUCUGCUCGGCGCUGCCGCACCGCCGCACCGCUGCAGCCGCUGGGAAUCAUGGCGCUCAAGGCGAGGGCACUGUACGACUUCAACUCCGAAAACCCUGGGGAGAUAUCGGUGAAGGAGAACGAGAUUGUGACUUUGUACAGCGAGCAGGACAUUGAGGGCUGGUUUGAGGGGGCGAACAGCAAAGGGGAGAGAGGACUGUUCCCCGCUUCCUACGUGGAGAUCCUACGGAACGACGCCGCCUCCACGUUCAACAACAACAGCAGCACAUCUGGGGACACUUACCAGGACUCCCGGUACGCCAAUAUCCCAAGCGGGGGCUUUGACGCCUUAUAUAAAACUCAGAAUAAAGUUGAGAGCUUCAAUAAACCAUCAGCGCCUGCCUUCACGACUUUCUCAGCCCCCACGCAACAGCAGCAGCAUAACUACCACCAGACCAGCCAGGGGAGCGAUGAUGACUGGGAUGAUGACUGGGAUGACAACUCCACUGUUGCAGAUGAGCCAGGGACGGUGGCAGGAAGCUACCAUGAUUUUGAAGGCAAUGGGCCAUCCACAUACAGAGUGUCAACAUCCUCAGUGCCGAGAGGGGGUAAUGCACAGCAAGCCAGAAGUUCUGCCACGGUUAGUAGGAACCUGAACAGGUUUUCAACCUUUGUGAAGUCAGGAGGAGAGGCGUUUGUGCUUGGGGAGGCAUCCGGUUUUGUGAAAGAUGGAGAUAAGAUUUGUGUGGUGAUGGGUCAGUAUGGUCCUGAGUGGCAGGAGAACCCAUACCCUUUUUCCUGUACAAUUGAUGACCCCACCAAGCAGACCAAGUUCAAGGGCAUGAAAAGCUACAUCUCCUACAAGCUGACGCCCACCCACACGCAGAACCAGGUGAACAGGAGGUAUAAGCAUUUUGACUGGCUGUAUGCUCGGCUGGUGGAGAAGUUUCCUGUCAUCUCGGUGCCCCACAUCCCAGAGAAGCAAGCCACCGGGCGCUUCGAGGAGGAUUUCAUCUCCAAGAGGAGGAAGGGCCUCAUAUGGUGGAUGAACCACAUGACCAGCCACCCAGUCCUGGCCAGGUGUGACGUUUUCCAGCACUUCCUCACCUGCAACAGCGCAGACGAGAAGGCCUGGAAACAGGGAAAGAGGAAGGCCGAGAAGGACGAGAUGGUCGGGGCCAACUUCUUUCUCACCAUCAGCACCCCACCGGCUCCACUCGACCUCCAGGAGGUUGAGAGCAAAAUAGACGGCUUCAAGUCCUUCACCAAGAGGAUGGACGAUAGCGCCUUGCAGCUCAAUGCCACCGUCAGUGAGUUUGCCCGCAAGCAGAUCAGCGGCUUUAAGAAGGAGUACCAGAAAGUGGGACUGUCGUUCAAGGUCCUGAGCCAAGCCUUUGAAAUGGACCAGCAGGCAUACUCUGCUGGACUCAACCAGGCCAUCUCCUUCACUGGGGAGGCGUAUGAAGCCAUUGGAGAGUAUUUUGCUGACCAACCGAGCAAGGAUCUCGAUCCAAUCAUGGAUUUGUUAGCUCUUUACCAGGGCCACCUGGCCAACUAUCCAGACAUCAUCCACGUCCAGAAAGGAGCGCUGACAAAGGUGAAGGACAGCCAGAAGCACGUGGAGGAGGGCAAGAUGGACAGGCCGCAGGCAGAAGGCAUCAACGAGCGCUGCAACAUCAUCUCCUUUGCAACACUGGCUGAGAUCCAGCACUUCCACCAGAUCCGCGUGCGUGACUUCAAGGCACAGAUGCAGCAUUUCCUGCAGCAGCAGAUUGGCUUCUUCCAGAAAAUCACGGGCAAGCUAGAGGAGGCCCUGCAGAAAUAUGACAAUGCUUAAUGGCCGCUGAGAGUGGCAGCCCCAGUCCAUUUUCCUGGACCUUGGUGACCAAUGUCUGUGCACCUCCCUCCGCCGGCCAGUGGAGUUUUGGUAGACAACAGCCAGCAUUACAAACCGCUGAAUGCUGCUCUUUCUACAGGGAGAGACAUACAAGGAGAUAAAACUCCAAUCUUGUUGAAAUUUUAACCAAAAUCCAGGGUUCUCUGAGUGUUGGCUAGCUUUUUGGAGGGUUGGAUGUUCUUGUUAAGGGGAUAUGUAAUACAAUUAAGUUAAGCCAACAUUUAAAUAAGUUCCUGCAAUGAGUAAAAGGUCAUAUGCCUUCAGUUUUCAUAAGGAUCAGUGAUGGUGAAAAACACUGUGCACCACUUGGUCCAACAAGUGGCUAAAUUAACUAUAAUCAAUAUUAUGACCUAGAGAGAUAACCUUAUAUCCACGGCUGCCUACACAUCCAGUGCAAGAUUUCAUAGAUGGUAUAGUGUUUUUAGCCUUAUCACACUGUUUUGACUCUGUUUUUAACUGACUGUGACUGUGACAUGUCCCAGCUCCCUGUGUCCAGCAGCAGCGCUGCCUAAAGUGGCUAACCCACUGCCCUCUGGAAACACUUGAGCCCUUCCAGGUCGCUCUCCACACUUGCAGGACAAAAUGUUUACAGUCUCUUGCCGAGCAGCCACCAUCACCACUGUCUCGCUGUGCCUUCUGAUAAUGCCUCUCUGGUCAUUUUUGUAACUAGUUACUAAAAAGCUUUAUAUAUAUAUAUAUAUAUACAUAUAUAUAUGUAGAAAUAUAUUCUAUUUGUUUUUACAAAGCUACAAAUUUUGAAAAAAACAUUCACUGUGCUACAAACGAGGGCGGUCUGUUGGUGACAGCUUUGGGAGAUGGCAUCAUUCCUUUGUGCUGUUUUCCCCCAAUGGCCUCCAAGCCUGAUAUUCAGCAAACAGUAUGACAGCAUCAGGAUCAAAAGAGAGGAUUACCUGCUUUGACAAUUGGACCCCAUGCCUCAGACAUGGCACAGUCACUACCGCUCCCAGUCUAAAGCUCGCAGAAUCGAAGGAGUGAGUGAAUUGGACAUUUGCUAUGCCAGAUACCCGAGUUUGUGUCCACAAAACAUUUGUUUUCAGGCUUAAUUUUGGAGUAGUGUUGAGGCAGGCUGUUAGAGGGUAGAGGGCUCCUCACCUGUUUUUACGCAGUCUUUCUAAUAGCACACUUGUGGACAGUUCAGUUCAACUUGUACUGCUGUUUUUAACCUUUAUGUGCCGGUUGCAUCAUAAAGAGUUUCAUGUAGAAGCAGAGAAAAUAAAUUCCCCCUUCACAGAAAA